ACUAUGUUUUCCUACCAUUAGCUUUUACAGACAAUUCAAAUAAAGAAGGGAAGUCACUGUUGAGUGUCAUGGAUUUUGGAGGACAGUGUGCAUAUUAUGCCUGUCAUCAGGUUUAUCUCAGCAGAAGGGCUUUCUAUCUACUGGUGAUAGAUAUGUCAAAGUCGUUUAAUGAAAGGAUUGACAGAAGAUUUUGUGAUCAGGAGGAAACUAUGUUUGCAGAUUGGACUUAUGGAGAAUAUCUCUUGUUCUGGAUGAAAUCUAUCCAUAUGUAUUGUGCUGAAGCUGCACCUGUAAUACUUGUUGGGACUCAUCUUGAUAAAUCUACAGGACAGACCACCGAUUCGUUCUACAAUAGUAUUAUUAAGCAUCUACGGUUUGAUAAAAGCCUCAAGAAACACUUGGACAGAAAGAGAUGCUUCCUUGUAGGAUUUCAAAGCAAAAAUGACCCUUCCUUAGAUGAUCUUUCUGAACUGAUGAUUUGCAUCGCUUCAAUUGCAAAAGAGGAUCGAUGGAAGGAAACUAUACCAACUGACUGGGCGCUGGGUGAAUCCACCCUCAGGUACCUCAGAGGACAAAACCGUCGAGUUAUUUCGAAGAAAGACUUUCAGAAAGAAUGUUUUGGUAAAAUCUAUGAAAAAUAUAAACAAGUUCCGGAUAUCUUAAAACUCUUCCAUGAAAUCGGGGUAAUUUUGAAUUUUAAAGAAGGCGUUCUUUCUGAAACUGUUAUAGUUGACAUCCAGUGGUUAGUCGAUGCAUUCAAAAAUAUCAUAACAGAUUUGAACCACGUCAUGGAUGUUGUGGAAAACAAUGAUGAUUGGCAAAAUUUUUACCAAAAUGGAUAUCUGUCGGACUUGCUUUUGGAAGGAAUAUGGUCAACUAAAGGUUUCAAGGUUGGAACAUUUAAAUCCACGAUCCUUCAAUACAUGCAGCGUCUUGGUCUGCUUGUUGUUGGUGUCAACCAGCACUACAUACCGUGCAUGAAUAAGUGUACCUUUAAUUUGAUGCCGCCCAUGAGGACAGUUUUAGAAGGUGGGAAAAUAAGACCUCAGUGCUUGUUCUUAGAUUUCAGUUUCUUCCAUAUUUCAUUUUCUGUCGCCUUGUUGUCGCCUGUAUAACAAGAACAGAUGGAGAAUUGGGAUUUCUUUACGACCAAGGAUUACGUCUGUUUAAAGACGUCGCUUGCUUCGCUUACAAGGAUCACAAAGUUGGUGUUGCUGUAACCCAUUCAUCGAUACAGAUCCAGGUAUUUAAACCUGGUAACUCUAUUCUAGAAAAGAAAGUUACACUGGAGGUACGUAGUACCAUAGAAAGGCUACUGAAAGAACUCUCAGGAACUUUUCACAAGGAGAUAAUGUACACUGCAGGAUACCAGUGUUCCAUGAACGAAGUGUUUAGAGAAUACGACGGGUGUUUUGUUGAGGAGACAGAAAUUUACAGGAAGGGUCAAAUAGAUUGUCCAAGACAUGCGUUGUUACAUCAUCGUGUUCUCUGCGAAUCAGAUUUACUGUAUUACUGGAAGCAGGGCUGUAAAAUUGAAAAUCCAGAGAAUCCAGUGGCUGCUUUACGUCAAGACAAUUUUAUUGUCGCUUAUGAAGAGGGACUGCGAAAAUUCAAUUUCAAGACAUUUGAACAACUGACAAAGGUUGGACGAGAUGCCCUUCAGAUCUACUUCGAUAAGAAAUUCCCAUUAAAGGACCUUGUCAGCAUGUCAUCGAGACAAGCGAAAGUGAAGAAAGCACUUCGUCUGAAUGAUGAUCAAUGUGCUAAAUUAUUUCCAGCUAAUAAGUCCAAUCCUUCCUCAGAAAUGUUUGAUGUGACGAUGAUGUACACGAUGUUACGUAAUCGUAAUCCAAGUAUACAGGCCCCGACUAAAGGUUGGGGAAAGACUCCGGAAACAUCCGAUACAAGAUUGACAGAUGACGUAGAAAGGAUCCGGAUUUACAGAAAUGAAAUUGGGCAUGCAACGGAAGCAACAAGUAAAUUAGAAAAGAAGGAACUAGAGGAGAAAGCAAGAGAUCUCAUGCAGGCGAUUCUGGGGUUGAGCAACGGAGUUCUGAAACAAAAAAUGAUGAAUGUGUUGGAAGGAAGAACAUAGCAAAGUCACAUGGAUGGCAGAAUCUAUGAAAACAGUCAUCUUGCAAGGAAAACAAGACCUGGUUACCAAGGCUGAAGAAAUGACUGACGUCAAAAAGAACUUGUGUGUACAAUUAAAGUGAUCUUUCACGAUGUAAUUCUGUUGAUUAUUAAUCAUCAGAUAGGAAAACAAUGCAAUUUAAAUGUACGAUACAUGUAUGCUUUUGAUAAAUGAUGUGAAUUAUCAUGGAAAUCGAACUUUAAAAAAAAUGAUGUCAAUUGGAAAUAGAAUUUGAGCAUUUAAAAAAAAUAUGAUGUGUAAAUAUAUUAAUGCCCAAAAGAUUCAAGUAAGUUGAGCUAAUACAAUGUAAAUGUACCUGUGAAAUGUGCAUAUUUGUCACUAAGAACAUACUAACAACAAACCCAACUUAUAUAUGUUCAAAGUCAUAAACAUGCUAAAAUGUCAAUUUAAUGUAUAUUGAUCAAAUAUAGCUGAUAUGAAGAAAAAGUGCAACAACCUAAGUUUUCACACUCUAGUAAUUGUGCUUUAUUCGAUAUAUUUCAGGUAUUUUUUCAGCAUGCAAUAUUUUGUGUUAUUUUAAUUUUAA